CCUUUUUUUUUCUGGCUUUAGUUGGACAGAGCCGGGUUUCCUCUUAUUUUUUUUUUUUAGCACCACUUUUUAUAUUCAUAUUGGAGCCACUCUUUCCGGUUUAAACAAAAUCCUCAUCACCAUGGAUUUUAGUUCAUUUGACUUUUCCGAUACCGGUGAUCUCUUUAAAACGCAUUUUCAUCAACAAUUGAACAAUGACCAUGCCGAUGAUCAAGCCCAUGCUGACAUGUUCUCCUUCAUGGAUACGACGGGCGAUUUCCAUAGUGCACAUCCAACACAACUAUCACAUUCGCAACAGGAACUCUCUUACAAUAUACCACAGCUGACUCCCGACGGUCAUGAGAGCAGUGCGUAUACAGGAAGCGGUUUAUUAGCUGGACAAAAUCCUGGAUAUGCGAUGUCUCCUUUACAAAUAUCGGCUGUCAAUAAUGGCAACACCACUCACUUGGACAUUUAUCAUACUCCCCACCAACAUCCAAUGGGCAACAAUAAUGUAUCAGAGAGUAUAUCAGAAUAUCCUGAUGAAGAGGAAUUUUUUACACCACUUGUAUCUCCUGCAAUACCACCCAGUUCGUUUCAAUCGCACACCACCAUUACCACUUCAGAAAGCGGGUUCUCUCCACUCACUUCACCUGCAUUGCAUCCUUCACACCGAUCACUUUCUUUCGGAGAUCAUCGUCUUGAUCGUCCGUCCGCCAAUGAACAGCCGUCCGCAACCAUGCUGCAGCAGAAACUGGCGUUGAUUGAACGGCAACAACAACAGCUCCGCACCCAGUUACAAGGCACGCAACCACCAAGCAUGGCGAAUCACGGUGCUGUAGGAGCAACAGGAGGAGGAGGCUAUGUGAGUCCGCUGUUAUCUUUCACCCAGAGCUCGCCCCAUUUACACCCCGCCGCCAACACGUCAAGAAAACCCUCAUUACGUCAAAAGGUCGCCUACUCGGCAUCCCAAACGCACGCCAGCAUUCAAAAUGCCGGAUUCCAAUCCCCGCAGAUGAACAAUACCUCGGAUUUCUACCCAACUGCUACGGCGACGACGACCACCACCACCACGGGUCGCGCGUUACCGAAAUCUGAUUUACUAGCGCCAGCGACGCCUUCGCUGUUGAUGAAACUGGGCAGUGGUGGUGUCACUGGCAACUUGGGGUCAGCUUCUGCUUCCACGCCGGAUAAGGGCGGCAGUUCUUCAGCCGUCGACAAUAUGCCAUCAUUACCGGCGGCCAUGAUCCAAGAUCAACCUUCUUCCACCAAAUCCAAAACAUCUUCCUCUCCCAUCAAACGACGACGGAUAUCCGCUCCAAAAUCGGCCAACUUCACGUCCCCAGGCCUGCGACCGUCACCGCGACCGCAUAUGCUGAACGAUCACACCAUUGCAGCACUUGUAUCUCCAGCCGCCUUGGGUCCACAACCAGCGGUGGCCUCGCCUCGUGCGUUGAAGCCAUUGAUUUCCCCAUCACUGCAACCAAAUGGAAAACGACUAUCAUCCAUUGAAGAGGAGGAAGCGGCGGCACUUUUAGCGUCGAAAAGCAAUUAUCAGAAUCUACGUGAAGGCAAAGCCAAGAGUCUUGGUAUCGAUUUCAACACGAACAUCCAAUCAGGAAUUGAGAAUCGUCGGUCUGCGCAUAAAGCGGCGGAACAGAAACGCAGAGAUACGUUGAAACAAAGUUUCGACUCAUUACGUAAAGAGGUUCUGGAAGCCAUGUUGGAGGAUGCAGCGGCCAAAGACGAUGGCGAAAGCGCAAGUCAGAAAGAAAAGGCUGUCAAGCAAAUGAGCAAAGUGGUAUUACUGCAACACUCAUUCGAAUACAUCUUGCGUCUGAAGAACGAUAAUCGACGGAAAGACGGCAAGAUACAAAAGAUGCGAAAAGAGAUGCAAUCGCUCCGAUCCCAACUUGGACUGCCAGAAGUGACAGAGGAAGAAAAAGAAGAAGAAGCGCGAGAGGAAGAGGAAGAGAAGGAAUUACGCGAAGCUCGACUGAAACGCUUGGAGGAUGCAACCACUGAAGAAACUUGAUCGGUUCAAUAUACAUGCAUGUGAUGAAUGUACGUUCAGGAACACUCGCCUCGUAUAGUUUGAGUAUAAGUAAUGAUAAUUUCAAAAUCAAGUAAAAUGAGUCAAGGAGUUCGGAAUGAGUGCCCUAAAUGAUGUUCCUAGGCGGAGAGAGGAUCCAAAGGAAAAAGAGGCGUGGAAAAAGAUGGAUGCAUUUAGAGGAAUGAGUACUUACUGGGGAAAAUGGCUGCCGUUCUGGUGUAUUGUCUCCAACAUUGUGUAACGUAUGUCGAGUUGUUGAUCCGACAUCUUUGACCGGUACUCGUUCAUGAUGUCCUUUUCGUUUGUUCUUCUUUAAACAUCUCGUCAGCUAUUCUGAUAUUAGUUCUAUAAAUUUUUCGUGGAC